UCAAAUCAAAAUGGCCGAUGGUUCGAGAAAGGUGUGUCGUGAAAUAUAAUAAGCGAUUAUCGUCUGCAUUGAACUUCUGUGAAAGUUUUACGUGUUUUAUACUGCGGCGUUACUGGACAUCGAGUCCUGCCGCGUGGCACCGCAGCCCGCGCCGCCCCGGGGCUUCGCCCCUCGCGAGUCGCCGCGCGCGUUCGGAGCCCUCGCUCCAAAGUACCGUUCGAAGUAAACGAGAAUGUCGUCCCGUAGAAAUGGGUCAGUGUCGCGAGCAGCUGAAACUGCCUCCAAGAACCGGUUGCAUAUGGAUCGCAACCCACAACACUCCCGGAUAAAUGAUCCAUCCAACCCUGCUGGCCGCAGGAAGGAGAUAGACAAUGUUAUGAAGAGAGCCCGCCAGGCUUCCCCCGGCAGCUGGGAUAGGAAGCUGUUGGAGGUGGAAGAGAAGGAUCCUAACAGGUGGCGUCACACGGGCUAUAAGCAGAUGUACCUGGAUGGCUCCGGGUCGGUAUCCCCCCCCGCGCGACGUUCCCGCUCCCCGCAAAGGCGAUCCAGGUCCCCGCUGGGUCCGAACCAGUCCAGGUCACUCAGACGUUCCCGGUCCCCACUCGGCCGCAGAACCCGGUCUCCCCUGAUUAGGCGAUCCCGAAGCCCUGUCGGACGGCGUUCCCCACGCAAGUCGCGUUCCCGAAGCCUGAGGCGGAGCCCUAGACGUAGCCCUCGUAGGAGCCCUAUCAGACGCGCCAUAAGCCCCCGUCGCAGGCGCAGCGUGAGCCCGAGACCCCGGCGUACCCGCCCGCCUCCCCCGCCAAGGGGGGUGAGGCCCCCUAGCCCGCCGGAUCCCAGGAAGUCUUCACCAUCUGGCUCAUCGGCAAGCACCUGCUCAGAUGAAUCUUGCUCGGUGUGCUCAGCUAAGAACAAGAAGGGGCCACCCAAACCUGGCGCGAAAGUUCCACCACCGCCACCAAGUCAGGCACCUUCGGCGCCUGCAGUGAAACGUCCCCCGCCCCCCAACACUGGUAGGGCUGUGGUACAACCCACCCGGGAACUGCUCAAAGCUAGAGAGAACAGCAAAAGGUCCAGAGAAGAAAAGGUGCUGGAAUGGCAACGUUCCCAGCUGGCGGUGCGGCCAACGGCCCCCAUACCGCCUGCGAACAUAAAACGCGAGGGCGAACGUCGCCGCGACCGCCCGCCGCGUCCGGAACGCGCCGAGCGUCCCGAACGCGGCGUUUCACCCGCCGCCAUCGCCGCGGCCCUGGCCGACAGCGACAGCGACUCUGAAACAGAUGCGAGCUCCGAACCACCACCGCAGAGAUUAACCCUGUCAGAGCGUUUCGGCAAGAUGGCGCAGUGGUCGGCCGCGAGGUGCGCUCGUCUUGAGAACAUGCGUAUCACGCGACGGGAGAGUCAGCUACACGUGCACAUUGAGCGGGACGACCCCGCGGACCCCCGGGAACCCGUCGUGCACUCCCCCAAUGGAGACUACCCUGGCCUGGAUCCCGCUCCGGUGGGAAGCUACCCUGAAGAGCUGCUAGCCGUCGCACCCGGUGGAUUACCGUCUUGGGACGACGUCCGCGUGCGAUAUGAAUACUACAAGAAACGUGGAUAUUUGAGAGGCUUGACUCUCGGAGAUUACGUGAAGUGGGAGGAGUGGUGGUACAAGUACCAGGAGUGGCUGAAAAGGGAGCGCGCCUACGAGCGAUGGGCUGAUGGUGACCAGGGCACGACACGCCGCGAGCGCCGUCGUCGAGGGGGCCGCCACAGACGAAGCUGAGGGCGCGCCGCCCCCGCGGCGGUCCUCUGCGUGGACCUCGCCGCGGGGGCCGCACAUCGCUAAGGUGUGCGACCGACGGCGCCUCGCUUCAACCCGCUCACUGGCACAAAUAUGUCGGCAAAUUCCACAAGUAAAUCAAUUAUUCAUCAUCUUUGAAAUUAAUGUUAUUGAAAGUGUUAUUUGUAAAAAGAAAACAGUGAAAUGUGUCAGUGCGUGUUUCAAAAUGCCUGAAUGUCGAGGUGUUCUAGACUUUUCUAAGUGAGUGCUUAUUAAUAUUUGAUCAAAUUACUUAUAUAAAUUGUAUAUUAUAAUGAAUAUAAAAUAUAUUUGUGUCACCGUUGCUUAUACAGCGAAUAGACCUUAGUGUUGGUUAUAAUUGUAAUUUAAAAAGAAAUUGAUGAGUUUAAUUUUUGUUUAAAUGCAAGUGCAAUAAUUUAGUAAAGUGUAGUUCCCUUAAGUCACAAAGCGAUGCCCUCUUUACUUCUGUGUAACCAAACACAGAAAAUCUGUUAGCACAAGAGCUCUCAGUACCACAUGUAUAAUGAGUAUACUCCUGUUUAAAGUAUAAACCUGUUUGUAUACUCAUUGAGAGUAAGGGCGCGCAAGUAACACAUUAGCGUGUUUGUACACUUGGUUACCAAAAGUAAAGAUAUAAUGCAUAAGUAUAGUUCUCUUAAUACAAUGCCCUCUUUAUUUGUGUGUAAACAAACACUAAAAUAUGUUAGUACCGUGUGUAUAAUGGAAAAAUACUGUAUAGCUUGUAGUUGUUUAUACACAUAAGAACGAACAACUUUUGUUCUAAGACUUUUUAACUCAAUAGUUUAUUAAAUAAAAAAUAUUUAAUACCCAUUUUUUCACGACAGUUUAGACUUUACAGUAAUAACAUGAUUUAUAAUUUUUUUGUAUGAAAUAAAUUAAUACUGAAUUUUGAAAAGUCGUAGAACCUAAGUAGUUAGUUUUAAUGAUGCGAACUACAAAGGCGAGAGCUUUCUGCUAUUUUUUAUUUAAACCUGUAUAGUAAAUAAAAUGCGUUUUUGGUCUUGUGGUGAACAGUUUCGACUGCAUAUCGAAAUUUAUAAAAUAUCACUUGCUUCAGCGGUGAAGGAAAGAAUAGUAAGAAAACCUGUAUGUUAUGAAAAUUAAGCUUAAUUUGCUAUACUCAACGAGCAGCAUUAGAAUCUGU